UCAAAAAUAAUCAAAGUCACUCGAACGUAUUUAACUGCAAAAAGCCAACCGAUUUCUGCAAAUGAUCCCGAAAUUCCAAACUGUCACGCAGGCGCAAUAAUCAAAACUGCGAUACCAUAGAAUCAUAAUAUUAACCAAAACGUUCACUUUUAAAACAUUCGGAUGAUUGAAUUACGACACAAACAGCGGAUAUUAAUUCAGAUCGAUAUUGGAUAAAUGCACAUGGUACUUCGGAUAUUGAGAGUCAUUUAACGAGAAUCAUCAUUGGAUGCUUGACGGAACUAUUUAGUGAUUUCAGUUUCCAAAUUUAUAUUUUAAAACAAAACUGCUUAUGAAUUUGUAGAAAAAAAUCUUUAAUAUUACAGGUGAUAAUAUAUGAAGAAUGGUGUGGAGGAUGGCAGUUUACAAAUUCUUGAUUAUAGGAUGCAUUGUACAUGUUAUUUAUGCUCAAAGCUGUACACAAAAAGUCUUGGUGGAAGAAGGUACUGGAAGGCACAAGAAAGUUACCAUGGUCAGAAAGAUACCAGCAAAAUGUUCUAAUUGGGAUAAAGCAUGGGUUUGGAUAACUGGAAUGGACUGUGGGACAAAAUAUGUGUUAGAAACAGUGAACUUUCCCAGUGCAAAGACUCAAGUAUAUAAAGAGCAGAAAGUUUGUUGUCAGCAUGAACUGAAUUGUAAAAAUCCUGGAUCUGAAGCCCAAAAGGGAAAAAGUGGUUUAGAUGAAAAUGAUCAGAAGUUCUUGGCUAUAACAUUUGGAUCAGCAACAGCAGCUCUAGUUAUCAUAUUGCUAAUUAUUAUAAUUAGUUUCUGUCGAAAAAAACAACCAAGAUUUAUUGAAAAUUUCUUUAACAGGAGACACAGAAUGUAUGAAGAGGAUAUAAUAGGUGUAGAGCCAUCAGCUCCUUAUUUAGAAGGACAAGGUGAUUAUCACUACAAAAAUGGAAGUUCAAGAUUGAUCGAGUCAGAAUAUGAAGAAAUACCAGAAUAUCAUGCCAAGGAUAAAUACCCUAUUGUUGAUAGUGUGUCUGAAGGUAAUGACUAUGUACAGGAAUUUCCUCCUCCUGAGCAACAGACAAACAAUAACCAAUAUACAAGAGAUGUGUUAAUAUCACUUGCUUCUGGGAAUAAUGAAAGUGAAACAAUAGAGAAAUCAAUGGAAAGCAAUGAAACAUAUCCUUCGCUGGAGAAUAAUUCUGGUUCAUACGAAAACGCAGCCAUGAAAAUGCUACAACCUGUGCAAGAAGGAGGAACCACAAUUAAUGAAAAUCUUUUACAAAGUUCUGAUGACAAUAUCAGAUUAAAUAGUUUACAGCAUUGUAAUAAGGCAGAUAGCUCUUUAGAUAGCAAUGCCGACAUUUGUUCAAGAAGUGACACAAAUGGAUGUAACAGUCCAUCAAAAUGCUCAGAAAACAGUGUCUCAAAUGAUUAUAUAGAUUUUAGCAAUGUUGUUGUGCCAAAUAAUGAACAAAAUUCAGCAGCACCACCAGCAAAAAUACAUUCCUAUGAGCAACUUGAUGUGUCAGCUCGUGAAAAAGACAACCUUGAACAAACAUAUGAUGCCUUACAUGUGUCUGUCAACGAAUGCAAUUUGUCAACAACUGGAAGUAGUUCCUGACUAUCAUAUCCUAUGCCAGGUUGUGCUUUUAUCUCUUUGUGCAAUUGAUACGGACUUGCCUAUGGAUUAUAAAAUAAAAUCGACAUUAACUUUUUAGAAUGUAAAUUAUGAAUAUAAAAUAAGCUUUUGACAUGCUAGGAAUUCUUGGAAAAUCCUACAUUCUGCUUGCAGAAUUAUUUUUUUUUAUAUGGUAUUAAGUUAAUGUAGUGAUAGAAGUUUGACUUUUUAAAAGUCACCUUUAGUGAUUUUUUUUUUAGGAAAAAUUUUAAAGAAUUUGUAUAAUGCAGGUCAUAUUUGCAAUGUCAAGUAUGCUAACUUUUUUGUGUGGUUAAACUGUGGUCAGUGAUGGGGAUAUAAGAUAAAUAUCAUAAAAAAUUCAAUAACUCAAGCUUGUUUUUGAAUGCAAGGAAUUUGAUAUUUGAAAUUCAAUCUUUCGAAUGAAAAAUAAAUGAGUUUGUUGUAAAUUGAGCAGGGUCUGAUAUUAAUGUGAUUUUAAAUAGUUUUCAGUACUGAUACAACAAAGAUCAUCCAUUAGAUUUAAUAAUUAUUAACAUAAAUUGAUUCUUGAAUUUGCUAACUACAAUAAUUAUAACUUAGCAGUACUUGGUAAUGGUUGGCCUCCUUAUGAACAGAGCAUCACAGCGACUGUGUAAAGGAUGAAAAAACAGAUUUUAGCAAGAAUUUGCCAUUUUCGAGAACAUUUUUGCCAAAUAAAUAUAGAUCACAAGUUUCAUCCAAAACAUUUUUUGUCAGUGAUUACUUGUAGAUAAUUAUGUAAUCAGUUUACCAUUUUGAUUCUGAUAAGAUAAUCUUUGGUCUAAAUGUAAGGCAAGCAAUUAGGAGAAAAUAAGAAAUGGGUAAAUUACAAUGGUCAUGCAUCAUGCAUCAUUAUGUUUCUUAAUCUUAAAAUUAGGUUGAGGGUUGUAUCUCAAUUUUGUUUUUGGGAAGUAAUUUCAGAAAAAUAUCCUCAUGAUGUUUGUUUAGUUUUGUUUUGUUUUUUUUUUUUUUGGGGGGGGGGG